UCUGGCUACCAGGUUAACCUCUCUUCUCCUCCAGCAUGGUGUAUCUGUGGCUCCCCAGAGGCCACUGUGUGGCAGCUGUGAUCCUGAAUCUGAUGAUGCUGAGCCCUCCAGUGGCUUUGGUCAGGGACCCCCAACCACGUUUUCUGGAGCAGUUGAAGGCUGAGUGUCACUACUUCAAUGGGAGGGAGCGUGUGUGGACUGUGACCAGAUUCAUCUAUAACCAGGAAGAGUUUGCUCGCUUUCAGAGUGACGUUGGGAAGUUUCUGGCAGUGACUGAGCUGGGGCGGCCCAUAGCUGAGUACUUAAACACCCAAAAAGAUAUGCUGGACAAUUAUCGUGCCUCAGUGGACAGGUGCAGAAAUAACUAUGACCUUGUUGAUAUCUUCAUGUUGAACUUAAAAGCUUGUCCCUCUUACAAGCCUAUGUGUCAGUACUCCUGGGAGACCAGUUCUCUCCAGGAUGAAAUUGAGUAUGGAGAGCUGUGGCACAGAGUCAGCUCUGGGGUGCAGAUGGAACACUGA